UUUUCUCACGCUCUUAUACUCCACUCCUUCCCACGGCUGGGCUAUUCAGUCGAUGUUGUUUGGGUGUCUCGCUAAAUGCAGUGCAGUGCAGUUUGAGGUUAAGGUGGCUGACUUCAUGAGGAAUCUUAAAAACAUAAGCGCUCUCCCAGCCGGCAGCAGCUCAUUCCAGUUUUGAUAGGGCUGCUCCGGCUCAUUGUAUGUUAGCCAUUAGCCUCCGAGUCGAGGAGAGAAGUAGAUAAAACUGGAGAGGAGUUCUGUUCAUUGUAAACUACCGCCGCUCUGUGGCAAGGAACACAGUUCAGCAGUUUGUUUUAUGAGGAAUCCAAACUAGCCACUGUGUCAUUCUUUGUCACAGGUAAUCUGAGCUGCAGUGCCAGCCAUGCGGAUCAGGCUGCAGGGCUCAGGCCACGCGGCCCUUCUCCUCUCCGAGCUCAACCGCUGUCGCCUCUCUCGGCUUCUCUGCGAUGUGGUUCUGCAAGUCGGAGGACGUUCCUUUCCUGCCCAUCGUGCAGUGCUUGCCUGUGCAGGCUCUCACUUUAACAGCCUGUUUUCCAGGAGCUCUUAUGGCCAGGAUGGAGUCCCUGCAACCAUCUCUUUGGACUUUAUCUCCGCAACCAAUUUUGAGAAGGUGUUGACUUUCAUUUAUACAGGUGAGAUCCUCACUGAUUUGAUAGACGUUGGGGUGCUAUAUGAGUUGGCAGAAAGACUGGGCGUGAGGGAGCUGGUGCGUGCUUGCCAUGCUACCUUCCCUGACAUGAAGAGUUCAGAUGGUGAUGUAGAUGCAGACAUGGCUCCUGCUACAACCAUGGCUGCUUCUGUUUGCUCUUCCUCUGCUGCCUCCUGUUCCUCUCUGUCCUCUCCUGCCGCUCCCACUCCAGUUGCUCCUUCGCCACUCCCUCAGAGCAGAGGGCCUAGGCUCAGUCGUACCCACAUGGCUCCCAUGUCGCUCUCCCAGUCUCCUAAAGCGGAGGAUAGCUUUCAGUUGCAUUUGAGUUACAGUCAGCUGGCUGACAGCAAGCAGAGCUCACUGGAUGACCACCGUUCUCAAGCAUCUGAGAUUCUUCCGGGUCUGACACUACAGCUUAAAACGGAGCAGGAGGAGGAGAAAGUGGAUGAGACCAACAUCUCAGAGGACCAAGCAGUCAGCAGUGGGAGCAAACUGGUGCUAACAGAAGCGUGCUCUAUUCCUGACUCCUCAGCACAGGCCGGAGGAGAAAGCUGCGCCCCCUCAUCCUCUUCUGGAGAUCCUCUGGAGAACCUGCAGCUCAGGGCAGUUGAAGGUGGUGUUGGACUUGGGGUCGGGACAGUUAAAGAAGCCGUUUUGUUUGGGGAAGGGGAUGACAUCGAAAAGAGGAGCCUACAGGAAGGGCCCCCAGAGGAUGGAGAUCAGUGGAGGGCACUGGCAGGUGACAUUAUUGAGCUGAGUGAUGAUGAAGAGAAUUAUAUAGAGGAAGACGAAGAUGACGAGGAACUGAUGUGCAUAGAAAAUGGCGGAAACGGCACAGCGGUCAGUUUGGGCCAGUUGCCUCUGUCAUCGCAGCCAUGUAAAGCUUGUGGAGUUUUGCUGCCCGCAGACAACAGCGCCCUCCGCUCUCAUGCAGAGACACACCUGUCUGAGACUGGAAACUGCAAAGUAUGUGGCGCUUCCUUUCCUGAUCGUGUGGCCAGCAUCACCCAUGCCCUGACUCAUGUAGGCAUCAUGCUGUUUUCCUGUGACAUCUGUGAGCUGCAGUUCUGUACAGAGGCUAAACUGAUCCGCCACAGACGCCAGUCAGCAGCACGAUGUGUCCCCCAGCAGCCUAACCAGCUGAACAGCACCUCUCAGGGGUCCGGAGGGGAACUUCAGUGUGCUGUGUGUGCUAAAUCCAUUCCUAAAGAUUUCAAGGCUGUCAGGGACCACGUGCAGAGCCAUGUGUGUUUGCGAACCUUGCGAUGUGGUGUGUGCCAGUCGCCCCAGCCGUCUCGGUGCACUCUUCUCUGGCACACCCUGACGCACCUCCUCCUCAUUCACUCCUGUCCACAGUGUGCCUGUCCCUUCCUGGAGCGCCCUCUGCUGGACAGACACUUAGCCAUGCAUGCUGAAGAAGGAGCUCUAUUGAAGGAGGAUGAAGGUGGUCAGGAAGGUGGUACAGAAGGCCAGGGGGAAUUUCAAUGCUUCUUGUGUCCGCAGACGUUCCGCACAGACACAGCCUUCCAUUACCAUCUCAGCAUGCACCCAAGUGAGUCGCAAGGUGGCCAGACAUGGCCAGUAAAGCGCAAAGCAGACCAAUCUCUGGAGUUUUCUUCCUCCUCUUCCUCCCCACUAGAGGCAAGUGGCUUGGGUAAACUUGGUAGCCUUGGAUUUAACAUGGGCAUGGGGCUUGGCCUUCCGGACAAAGCGAUUCAAGGGGGAAUGCCGUUCCCCGCUGGAUUCUUGCAGAACGGAAAUUCCUCAGGCUCUGCUUCUGCAGGCACAGGUCUCAAGCAGAAGUGGUACCGCUGCCGGUACUGUGGCAAGCGCUUCGCUCACUCUGGCGAGUUCACCUACCACCUGCGCAUUCACACGGGAGAGAAGCCGUACCAAUGCAAAGUGUGUCUGCGUUUCUUCCGCGGCCGUUCCACCAUGAUCUGCCACCUGAAGACGCAUGCCGGUGCCCUCAUGUACCGCUGCACUGUCUGCGGCCUCUACUUCUCCACACUAAAAAUGGUCUCCUCACAUAUGGAGCUCCACAAAGACCACUUGCCUCCGGACUUCAACAUAGAGGAGACGUUCAUGUACAAUGAUCACUCCAAAGAGCCUCUCCCUAAUUUGGACUCAUGAAUUUAUACUCAAAUGUUUAUACUGUGCCUCAGUAAUAAUAUAGUGAUGCACCGAAAUUUGGACCAAAUUCAAAAAUGACUCUUGCAGGUUUUGGCCAAAAAAUUCUGACUGAACAAGUAAGCUGUUUACAUUAUUUAGGACUGCCACAAAAUCAGUGAUGUCAUUCAUGAAAUGAUCUUUUUAAAAUGCCUCGUAAAGCUCUUUAAAGUUAAUAUAAAAUAUUUACAAUCAUGUGACGGAUAGCAGUUAGAAUUAGGGGCAAAAAGACACUUGUUGUUGCACCGUAAAUCCACAGAACUUUGAUGAUGGCAGCAGCGAAGAGAGAAACUGAAGAAGGCAUAAAUAAUGCUUGAUUGAAUAAUAGUUUUCAGGGUUAAUCAAUUCUAGAAAUAAUUGUUUGUUGCAGUCCUAAUUAUUAAAGCUUUUUUAAAUUUACAGACCAGGAUGAAGUCGAUAAAACAUCAGAAUAUAACACAUCAUUUCAAGAUUAAUUAGUGAAAAAGCAAAGCAAAUGAAUAGAAUUAAUGCAAUGGUCCAAAGAGGCUAAAAAAACAUCGACUUCCUUAAUUUCAGUUUAUGUUUUGACUAAGAAUUUUAAGUUCGGUGCAUCACUCAUUUUAAAGAAAUGGUUUGGCCAAAAACCAAAUUUAAACUUUUCCACUUAGCCCACAUGUAGUCAAAUAGCCAAGACAUAUUUUGCUUAGUUGAGCACUGGAGCUACAAGGCUAACGUUGUUUAGGAGCCAGUAUGAUUUUCUUCACCAUGUAGGUAAAUACAGCGUUUGUUUUGUUUAGUUUUUUAUGACAGCAAAUGUUGUGCUGAAUUCUGGCUCCCACCCAGAACUCCCCUUUGUGUUCAUGUUAUGAGCAUGUACUGAGUUUUCAUAAAUUCAAGAAUUUUGGUUAUUAAAAAAGAAACAAUUGCAAAAGUAAAGCUAGCUUGCAAUAAGUCAUACUAAUCCGUCUAAAACACAUCAAAACAUCCUCACAAACUUGAUGAAGGACUGAGUGAAGUUUUGGGGUUAUAUAAGAUUUGGGUGACUUAACUUUCACUGCUUGUUAGCACCAUUAGCCUCGUAGCUGGAGUUCUAAACUAAAGAAGCAAAUUUGGACUCCAGAUGUGUCUCAGCUCCUCGGCUACAUCGUUUGAGUUUUCGCCAAACUGUUCCUUUAAUCUCGCUCAUUAUCAGUCACUGUUGUUGAGGACCAAGUGUCUGUAGACAUUAGGAUGUAACAAUGUUUUAUGUGCUUGAGAAAGGAGACGUUUUAAAAGAAGCAGAAUUGUAAUUUUCAGUUGGUACUGUUAUUGCAUUGCCACGUGGUGGCAGCAUUUAGGUACUCUCAAAAUGGGUGAGGACGGACUCAUUAUUGUCCUUGCGGAUGUUGAGCUGAGUGUUAGUUUAGGAUUACCUCUUCUUAUUAUUCAUUCAACUCAUCUUGUAAUCAAUAUAAGCUAAAAGACUAUGGCUGUUCCAGAGCGUUAAAACAACAUAUCUCAUGGAUGGCUGUGGUGGUGUUGGUGUUGAGCUUCUUUAGUUAAGAGGCACAAAAUGGCAGCAGUUAUGCUGUGGAAGCAGAAGCAAACUGCUUUAUCACAUACAGAGAUGUUUAUCGCGUAGAAUUAGAAAUGCCUAUUCAUGAUAUUCCCUACUAUUUGUAUGUUGUGUGUUAAUUCACCACAAAGUGCUCCAAAGGGUCAUUUGUACAAGGUUAGUUUUAUGUGUUAUGAUGGGAAAUUACAGAAGGGAUGAAAAGAAUGAGCUAAUAUAUCUGUCAGACUUUAUACAGAGUUAAAGCUUCCCCAAGGAAUCGUGGGCGUGGAUGGUAAAGAAUGUUGGCACAACAGAUGAAAGCUUUAUUCAUUCCUCUGUCACAUUUUUAUAAGCUUCAGAAACAGUGUUCACCUUUGUUUGAAUAUGCUUGUAAGACGACUGAGUUUAAAGAACACUUGAGAGCAUCGUAAAGACAUAAUCCUAAUGAUGGCUGGUCAAAUUUUAACAAUUAGUGGAUCCAAAAUCCAGUUGUGAGAAAGUUUGUGAUUUCUUUGGAGUGAGUUUCUGCAGGAAUGGGUCCAAAAAUGUAAUCCGAUCUUCAUCUGCAUCAUCGUAACUGUAACAUCUUAUGUAACAAAACAACUGUAUAACACCGUGUAGCUAUAACAACUGUAAUAUCUGGCGUAACAAAAAAUGCAUUAUUUUACAGUGCCAUAUUUUAAUCAAACAAGUGGUUUAAGCAGCCAUGGUCUUUGAUAGAAUAUUCACUAUGUGAACUCUUAUUUAAUAACCAGUGGUACCUUCAUGUUUAGCAGUAACUUCAACUAAACGCUUUAUAUAACUCCUGUUCUACUGCGGUGUUUCAGACGGAUUUUAGCUGAGGACUGUUUCAGUUUAUGUGUAUUCCUACAAUGUCCUGGUUGGACUGCCUGCUUCACGUUAUGCCUCUGCAUUUUAAUCAGACUACUUUGUAAGUCAGGAUUCAUGUGUUGCCGUUCUAUGGUAGAAUUUCCUGAUAUAACUUGAAUACAGUUGGUCCCUCGUAAAUGGCAAACCAUCGGUUUGUCUUUUCUGUCAAUAGAACAUUGAGAAUUUAACAAUAUUCAGUGGUGCUGUGGAACAAACUUAAGACAAGCAGUACUUAUUUUUAUCACUCGUUUUUAACACUCAUUUUAUUUUAAUGGUAGACUGAUGAACACACACGUUGUCAAGGGGAAGAGAUGCUAGCCGAUGUUUAGCUGCCAUUCUAGCAUUAUUUGCCAUGCAUUUGCACUCGUAUGCUUACUACUAUAAAGAAAAGGGCAACAGUGUUGAUUUUAUUUAGCUUGUGACUUGUUACAACGAACUGUUGGUACAAUGAGCUAAAACAACUUCUCUUCUUAGGUCCUCUGAAACACCUGUUUGUUUAGUGAUGUAUGACUUUCCACUCCUUUUACUGGAAUCGAUAGAUUCGACCACUGAACUCCGUAACAGUAACCAAGACGGCACAAGAGCCAUUGAUAAAUGGAUAUAGAGGAAAUAAAACCAUUUUAAAGGUAGAUUACCCACUUUUUUGACUUAAUACAGAUCACAGGGAAUUGGUCAUUUUUUAUAAUAAUAUCAAGUUGUCACAUGAGUUUGAGUUCUAAUAUUUCCAGGCUGGUCAUGGCUAUUACGUGCUAAUAAACAGAUGCUGUUGAAGCUACCUGCAGUCUUGUAAUUGAACUAAUGCUACUCAGACUCAAACUACUCCCUGCAUUAUACAUGCAGCCAUCAAAAUGUCUCUUGAGACUUCAAGCAGUUUGACUCUCCGAGUCAUUGGCCAAGAGCCAAGCCAGACUUCUGUAAGCAUUACGAUUUUGACACCUCUCGUCACUUUUUGUUGGGGCCAUGUUGUACAUGGGCUGAAUUUGGUUAUGAACAUACAGUGACUCCAAAAAUAUUUGGACACAUUGGUAAAUUUAAAUGAAGAUGACCCUUUCAGCACAAGAUCUAAAUGAUGGUACACUCUUUGUGUAGAGAAAGCUCCAACCAAACUGCACUAAGAGUGCGGUAAAGCACCAAAGUCAGGGCGUGUUUUUCUUACAGUGGUGUCACUGAGCUUGAGUUCAUUGAUGAGAUCGUAAAAGAAUACUUUGCUAAAUGUAACUUGGAAUGGUCUGUUUAAAAGAAGUGGCACUUUGUUUUACAUCUUCCCAACACAUUGAACAAAUACUUCUUUGUGUCUCUGUAGGUACAUAGAAGUUCGAGCAGGUCAUCAAAAUUAUGCAGGUCAAACUUGCACCUGAUCUAAUUGGUACAGUUGGUUUGUUACUGUCUUUUCUAGUGGUCAUCGUACUUUCACAUUUUUUCCAUCAGCAGCCUUGAUUGAAACCUUGAUGUUUUUUUUUUGUUUUUUUUUUCCAUUUUUUGUUAUUUAUUAUGUCUUGGGUGAAAAACAGAUCACAUUUUAUGAUUCAUUCAUGCAGGAAUGCAGAUAAUUCCAAAGGGACCAGGAGCUUUUUUCUCAUAACUAUAAGGCAGCAAUAAGUAGCAUUUGUUUUUAAAAGUUAUUAAAUUGCAAUUUUG